AUGGAAAAUACCCCAGAAGGUCCUCGAAGCAAGGAAGCUGAUGGAGACACUCUUCUCAUUGAAGAUGUGGAGGUCCGACCAAUUUCAGAUCCACAAGAUCCACUUCAAAAAGUGAUUCCAAACGGCCACCAAGACAGCUGUCAAGACAAGCCUCAAGACAACCCCCAAGAAAGCCCCCAAGACAGGCCCCAAAGCAUCCCCCAAGAAAGACCUCAAGAAAGAACUCAAGACAUCUCCGAGGAAAUCCAUACAGAACAGUCAACGCCCACACCGGAUGAGGACCAACCACAGGAUGACUGGGUUCAUGAGCUACAUACGGCAAUUGAGAACAACGAUGCAGAUGCCGUCGCUACGUUGCUUGAUAAUGACGGCGCCCUCGAACAAUUGUAUUUCUAUCGAUUCAACCUCGAAUUUGAUGUCGAGUACGGUGUGACACCUUUGACGCUUGCAGCAGGACUAGGCCUCGGAAGUAUUGUCCAGCUACUUCUGGAUCGAGGAGCGAAUAUAUUGACAAAAACAACAAACACAGAAUCAACUGCUUUUUUCACUGCUAUCCGGAAUGGCCAUAAGCACAUAGUUGAGAUGCUUUUCAAUAAAGGUGGAUCUGAGCUUCUUGAAGAGCCAAAUGAUAGUGGCAGAAUGCCGCUCGGCGCCGCAGCGAGGAACGGCCAUGCCGAUGUUCUCAAACUGUUGAUUGAUAAAGGCGCCAAUACAAAUUAUGCAGACGAUAAAGGCUACACAGCUCUCCAUCUUGCUUCCAUGCAGGAGGAUCCUGCUAUAGUGAAGUUCCUGCUUGACAAUGGAGCUGAAAUCCACACCGCGAACGCAGAGGGUCUCACAGCCCUCCAUUUUGCAGCCGAAUACCAACAAACUGCCUGUAUCAAUACUUUGCUUGCUGGGGGGCCGAUCCAGCUACCGCCCAAGCUGAUGGCUAUACAGCGCUUCACAUUGGCGCUAGAUUCGGGCAUCUUGAUGUUGUCAAGUUGCUGUUUAAAGCAAAGCCUGAGAUACUAA